AUGGGAGCAUGCGCAGUAACUGGUGCAGAAAUGAAUUCAACCACCAUGUACACCAGUGAAUUUCUACGAAAUGUGACAUCAAUCAGAGAACAGAUUAUGGACCACUUAUUUCAAAAUUACCAGAAACAUGAGCGACCCGGGGAAGCAGAGAAGGAGACUACCAAAGUUACUGUCUACUUAUACAUCACAGCCAUCACCUCCGUGGACGUACGUAUGAUGGAGUACACCACGGACCUCCUCCUACGACAAGAGUGGAAAGACCAAAGGCUGGCUUGGGCUGGAAUAACCAAGUUUAAAAACUACACCAAUAAUCUUGUCUCACCGGAACUAAAACGAAAACUCUGGCUGCCUGACCUAUUCUUUCGUAAUGGUAAGGAGGGGCGUCUGCACAAGAUGACCUGUCCCAACUACCUCACCCGAAUUGAGCCGUCGGGCGUGAUCCUCUACAGUCAAAAGAUAACAAUGCGUUUUUCCUGUCAGAUGGACCUGAAGACCUUUCCCAUGGAUAGCCAGGAAUGUCACAUCAACAUUGGCAGCUACGGCUAUCAGCUGAAUGAACUGCACUUCGUGUGGCGCAACAACACACCCGUUUUCCUG